AUGGCGAUGUCGCCAUUCAAUCCAAUGCGCAAGUACUCAUGGUGGUGGGAUAGUCACAUAUCCCCCAAGAACUCCAAAUGGCUCCAGGAGAAUCUCACAGAUAUGGAUAGCAAAAUCAAAGUGAUGAUCAAGAUUAUCGACGAGGAUGCUGACUCAUUUGCCAGAAGAGCAGAAAUGUAUUACAAAAGGCGCCCAGAGCUGAUGUCUUUGCUUGAGGAGUUGUACCGUGCUUAUCGAGCUUUAGCUGAAAGAUAUGAUCAUGCAGCUGGAGAACUCCGACAGGCCCAUAAAAAAAUGGCAGAAGCAUUUCCCGAUGAGUUUCAGUUGGACUUUGAUGAUGACCUGCCUACAGAAACUGCAUCUACUGAAACUGAAACAGACAAUCGAGAUAUGACUCCAUUUUUCCUUUCAUUCAUCAAGGCUGGUGAUUCGAAAAAACGUGCUAAAGAUGAGCAGGACCAUGAGAAGCUGCAGAAAGAGAUAUCAAGUUUGUCACAGGAAAAUCAAGAACUCAAGAAGAAAAUUUCAUCAGUGUUAGAAAAGAGCAAUAUGGCUGAAUCUGAAGUUCUUUCUCUCAAGGAGGUCCUUGCAGAACAAGAAGCAGAGAAGGAAGCCGUAUUUUCACAAUGCCAGCAAUCCAGUGAUCGAUUACAGAGCCUCAAGUCUGAAAUAUUGCAUACCCAGGAGGAGUUCAAUAGACUGAAAGAGGAGAUGCAAAAUGGACUACAGAAUUUGAGCACUGCAGAGGAGCGGUGCCUUCUGCUUGAGAGGGCUAACCAGAAUUUGCUUCUGGAGCUAGAUAAGCUGAAGCUUGCCUCAAAAGAGAAGCAUGACGAGCUAAAUGAGAAGCACAUUGAGUUGGAGAAGCUUAGUAUCUCUAUACAAGAAGAGCAACUCAAGAGCAUGCAAGCAGAAAUGGCCCGGCUAUCUGUGGAGAAGCAAUUGACACAAGCACAAGAAAAGCUAAGACUUGUGUCUCUUGAAAAGCACGGGGAAGCAAAUGAGAUAAUUUCUUUGAAGAAUGCACAGCGGCGUCUUGAAGAGGAGGUGUCUCGGCAUGUGGAGGAGAAAAAGGUGCUUCAGCAUGAGCUUUCACACCUCAAAGAUAACAAGGGUGACUUGGACAGGAAGCACUUUUCGAUCAAGGAGCAAAUACAAGAGGUGAAUUUCAAUGUAGAAUCACUCCAAUCACUUGCUCAAGAGGUGAGGAACGGAAAUGUUGAGCUAAAAGAGACCAUAAAAAAUCAUGAGGGUGUAAAAGCCUUGUAUGUUGAUAAUCUGAUGCUGCUGGAGAGGACGCUGGAGAACAAUGCUCAUUUGGAGAGAUCGCUUUCAGCUGCAACUACUGAAAUUGAAGGAUUGCGGGAGAAGAAAGCUGCAUUGGAAGAAUCACGCAAGCACCUUCAUUCCAAGGUUAAUGGGCAUCUGUCUGAGAGAGCCAUGUUUGUUGCACGGAUUGAGGGUAUUUCUCAUACCAUGGAGAAGCUAUCAGAGAAGAAUGUCUUCUUGGAAAAUUUGUUAUCUGACAACAAUACAGAGCUGGAGUUGCUUAGUAGGAAGCUGAAAGAUUCAGAGGAAUCUACUCAUACAUUUCGCAACCAGAAUUCUGUGGAUAGCAUCAAUAGUGCUCUACUCAGUUUGGAAACCCAAUAUGCAGAGUUAGAAGGGCGAUAUUUGGAUCUUGAGCAAGACAAAGACAAGGCCCUCAAUGAAGUGAUCAAACUACGAGAGCUGUUGAGGCUAGAAAAAGAAAAACACAAAGAAGUCACCAACUCAGGCAUGACUCAAUUCAGUGCUAUACAGAAGCAGAUAGGCCUACUUCUAAAAGAAGUUCACCGCAGGGAGGACCAGCUUCAAGAGGAGGAGCACAAGAUUGUUGAAGCUCAGACUGAGAUUUUUAUCUUACAGAGGUGCUUAGGCGACAUGGCUGAAGCAAAUGCUGAUGUCUUGGCACGAUUGCAGAAGCAACAAGUGGUAUGCAAGGAUCAAGCGGAGAAAGCUGAUUUCUUGUCACAGAACAACCAGCAGCUGACUGAAGGGAUAGGUUCUGUAGUUGAAGUACUGAAUCUGGAUGAGAAAUACGGAUCAUUGGAUCUGAUGAAGGUUGAUGUUGUUGUGCAGCUCCUCUUGCAUGAGAUCAAGUGCCUGUUGAAUACUAUUUCUGAUGCUCAGGAUGUGAAACAGAACCAGAUCCUUGAGAAGUCCCUUGUUGUAACGCUUCUCGAGCACUUUGGGCGAGAGGUGGCUGACCUGAGGUCAGAAAGGAGUGUUCUGAAGCAAGAGUGGCAAACAAAGAGUGAGGAGCUGCUGAAGCUGCAGGGUGAAAGGCAUGACCUCCUAAAGAUCAGCUGUGAGCUACGGAAGGAAAUGGAGACUCGUAACCGCAAAGUGGAUGAACUGAAAUCUGAGGCAAAGUUCUUGGUUCGACAACUGUCGGAAUUGCAAGAGUCACGGCAAUCGUUGCAAGCAGAGAUUGUCAAGCUGAUUGAAGAGAACACUUCACUCUCUAGCAAAGUUUAUGGCUCCAAAGAGAAAGAGAAGUCAUUUGAUGAUGAUUUCAGCACACUUAUUGGUGAGGCGGUCAGGACAGAUAUCCUUGGUGUCAUUUUUAGAAGCCUUCAUGAAGAGAGGACAUCACAAUUGCAGUGUUUGCAUGAGGAUUUUGGGUCUCUACAUGCAGCAGGCAAUGAGCUUUAUCAGGAAAUCAAGCUGAUGAACAAGAAGCUCGGAGACCUACAGCUUGAGAACAACUAUCUUGAGAAGGAACUCAGUAGAACUCUAAGCAUCUGUGACGGCUCUGGUACAGAAAUUUCCUCUGGAAGAAGGCGCGCUAUGAGGAGGGAUACAAAGCUAUUAAAAUCUGGCAGGAAAAGCCAAGAGAUUGGCCAGAACAUGGAACAGCGAAAAGAAGUUGACAAUGCUGGUCUCGAGAAAUCGAAUGAAAUGCUUAGAGAGGAGCUCCAGAAGUUGAAAAAUGAACUGCAAGUGCUUAGGAGCAAGGAACAGCCUGUGAUUGAUGUGAAAUCUUGUGAUGCAGAGAUCACUAAACUGCUGGCCAACAUGCAACUGGCCACAGCCAAUGCGUCUCUCUUCAAGGAGAAGGUGCUUGAUCUCAUCGUGACAUGCGAGAGUUUUGAGAUCAGUGACAUGGUGCAGAAGGAGGUGCUGAAAGAGGAGAUCACCCGGAGAAACUCUUAUGUGGAUGAGCUCAAGGACAAGCUAAAUGCCAUUGAAAUUGAGAACAGAAGGCUGAAGGUUGAUCUGAACGGCGACUUCACACUGCUCGGAGCAUUGCAAACGGAAGUUGAUGCCCUAGAGAAACAAACGUUGUCUCUGGCCAAGGAUUGCCUGCCUCCAAGCAUGCUCAAGAAGGAGGAGAACCCAUUAUCACCUCAACUGUCAAAGAUUGCUGUGAGGCCAAACGAAGAUCAAAACACCACAAAGAUGGUGAAGGACAUGGAACUGCAGAAACUCCAUGGAACCAUCAAAGCACUUCAGAAGGUGGUGUCAGAUACAGGGGUGGUCCUGGAGCAAGAGAGGCUCGACUUCAACAGCAACCUCCAGGACGCAAGGAAGCAGAUCGAGAUGCUGAAGCUGAAGGAGAUCCUGGACAGCGAUGCCAGCGACGUGAACUACGAGCGGAUGAUGAAGGACAUCCAGCUGGACCUCGUCCAGACUCCUAGCCGGCGAGCUGCAGUCUCACACGGGCGCCACAGGAAGAAGAACUCAGUGGCCGCGGCGGCGCAGUCUGACGACAAGAUGCUCGCGAUGUGGAGCGUGGAUAGGGUGAGCAGUGGCAGCCGGCGGUACGAUGUGGACCUGCGGCCGCCGCAGAGCGAGGCGGCCGAGAACGACAAGGGAAAGAAGCGGUCGUCGUCCGAGCCGGUGGUGACCGUGAAGGACCUCAGCGUGGACAAGCAGGAGGUCCUCUCACGGCCGAUGGUGGCGGCAGCGGCAGCGACGGCCACGACGACGGAGCCACACCGGGAGUGGAAGAAGAAGGUGAUCGACCGGCUAUCCUCGGAGGCGCAGCGGCUCCGGGACCUCCGGUCCAUCGUCCAGGAGCUGCGCGCCGGCGUGGAGGCGUCGUCGGACGCGGAGCUGGACGGCGUGAAGGCGCAGAUGGCCGACGCGGAGGACGCCAUCGCGGAGCUGAUCGACGCGAACACGAAGCUGCUGAAGAAGGCGGAGGAGUUCACGUCGGCGGGCGACGGCGGCGGCGACGUGGACCUGCGCAGCCGGAGCCAGCGCAAGAUCCUGGAGCACGUGCGCAAGAUGUCGGAGAAGGCCGGGCGGCUGGAGCUGGAGCUGCAGCGGUUCCAGCACGCGCUGCUGCGGCACGAGGAGGAGCGCGCGGCGCGGCGCGCGGCCAAGGCGGCGGCCACCACCGUGCAGGUGCAGCGGCGGUCGCGGGUGCAGCUGGUGGAGUACCUGUACGGGCGGCGGCGCGACAGCCGGCGGCCCAAGCAGAAGGCCCGCGGGCCGUCCUGCUGCAUGAGGGCCAAGGCCAUCGACGACUGA